AUGUCUGAGUUUUCAAUCCCUCCAUAAAAGACUUAUUCGAAAGAAUAUUAACAUGUUGAAGAAGACGAUAUAGCUCAAAUCUAGGAAAUAUUCAAAGCUUUUGACUCUUCCAAUAGAAGCAGAGUACCCAUUGAUUAAUUGCCAUAGAUACUAAGAUUACUAAAUAAAAACAUAAGCGAAAAAGAUGCUAGUGAGCUGUAAUAUGAAAUAGAUAAGAAACAUAGAGGAUAUUUCACUUUCAAUGAUUUGAUAUAACUACUUUCAGAUUUUUAGUUUAAGGAAGAUACUGAAAUGGAUUUACUUAACGCUUUGCAAGAGUUAGAUUAGGGAGCCGAUGGUUUUAUCCCGAAAGAAACUUUUACACAUUUCUUAACGACAAUGGGUGAAGUAUUCAACCAAGAUGAAUUGAAUGAGUUUAUGAAAUAUGCUCUUGAUGAAAAUAAUACUGAUGAUUUAAUAGAUAUUAGAAGACUUUCUAAGAUUAUGCUUCCUAAAAUUCAAGCUAGAAAGGAGCUCUUACAGGAAAAUCUUACAAAUAAUAUUGAUUCAGGCAAACUCAAAAAAUGA